CCCGGGUUGCGGUGACGUCACUGCCGCCGCUGCCUGGCGCGGGGCGCGCGCGGGACGGAGGGGGCGAGCGGCGGCUCCGUGAGGGCUCCGGGCGGCGGCUCCCUGAGGGCUCCGUGAGGGCACCGGCGGCGGCUCCGGGCGGCGGCUCCGUGAGGGCUCCGGCGGCGGCUGCGGCAUGUUUCAGACCUUGUACAGCUAUUUUUGGUGGGAACGGCUCUGGCUCCCGGCAAACCUCACCUGGGCUGACCUGGAGGACCGGGAUGGGCGAGUCUAUGCCAAAGCCUCUGACCUGUACAUCACCCUCCCCCUGGCCUUCCUCUUCCUCGUUGUCCGGCACCUCUUUGAGACGUACGUGGCCACCCCCCUGGCCGGGCUCCUGAACGUCAAGGAGAAGGUUCGGUUAAAAGCCACCCCCAAUGCGGUGCUGGAGAAGUUUUAUGCUGCCACCUCCAAACACCCCAAGCAGGCCGACGUGGAGAUGCUCUCCAAGAAGAGCGGCUGCACCGUGCGCCAGGUCGAGCGCUGGUUCCGCCGCCGCCGCAACCAGGACCGGCCCAGCCUGCUCAAGAAAUUCCGGGAGGCCAGUUGGAGAUUCACCUUUUACCUUAUUGCUUUCAUUGCUGGCAUGGCUGUCAUAGUGGAUAAACCCUGGUUCUACGACCUGCGGGAGGUGUGGAAGGGAUACCCCAUCCAGAGCAUGCUGCCCUCCCAGUACUGGUACUACAUGAUCGAGCUCUCCUUCUACUGGUCCCUGCUCUUCAGCAUCGCCUCCGACGUCAAGCGCAAGGAUUUUAAAGAGCAAAUCAUCCACCACGUGGCCACCAUCAUCCUCAUCAGCUUCUCCUGGUUCGCCAACUACAUCCGAGCGGGGACGCUCAUCAUGGCCCUGCACGACUCCUCGGAUUACCUGCUGGAGUCUGCCAAGAUGUUCAACUACGCCGGGUGGAGAAACACCUGCAACAACAUCUUCAUCGUCUUCGCUGCCGUCUUCAUCAUCACGCGCCUGGUCAUCCUGCCCUUCUGGAUCAUGCACUGCACCGUGUUCUAUCCGCUGGAUCUCUACCCCGCCUUCUUCGGCUACUACUUCUUCAACUUCAUGAUGGUGGUGCUGCAGUCGCUGCACAUCUUCUGGGCCUACCUCAUCAUCCGCAUGGCCCAGAAGUUCAUAACUGGAAAGGUGGUGGAGGACGAGCGGAGUGACCGUGAGGAGACGGACAACUCUGAGGAGGAGGAGGAGGUGGCCAAGAACGGGCCCCUCUCCAAUGGCCACCCCGUCCUCAACAACAACCACCGCAAAACCGACUGAGCGCCCCGGACCCGAGAGCUGCCGCCGGCCCGGCCCCUCCCGGGCUCGGCCCCGGGACCGGAGCUGCUGCCGGGCCCGGCCCCUCCCCGGAGCGGGGCCGCAGCUCUGCCUCACACUCACCGC